AUGACGGGGCUCAGCUACACGGAGAUGGAGGGCUGUCGUAACCUGCUCAGCCUAUUAGACAACGACGAGAUCAUGGCCCUAUGCGACACUAUCACCAACCGUCUGGUGCAGCCUGAGGACCGCCAAGAUGCCAUUCGUGCAAUAUUAGUCUACAGUCAAAGUGUAGAAGAACUUUUGAGGCGGAGAAAAGUCCACCGAGAAAUCAUAUUUAAGUAUUUGGCAACACAGGGUGUUAUUAUACCUCCAGCUACUGAAAAACACAAUCUUAUUCAGCAUGCAAAGGAUUACUGGAAAAAGCAGUUACAACUAAAAUUGAAGGAAACACCAGAGCCAGUUAAGACAGAGGACAUUAGACUCUUUGAACAGCAGGAAAAAGAAGAAAAAAAGGCCGAAAAGGUUGAUUUUCGUCGAUUAGGUGAAGAAUUCUGUCAGUGGUUCUUUGAACUUCUGAAUUCUCAGAAUCCUCUUCUGGGACCACCUCAAGAUGAGUGGGGGCCACAGCACUUCUGGCAUGAUGUCAAGCUUAGGUUUUAUUACAACACAUCUGAACAAAAUGUGAUAGACUACCAUGGAGCAGAAAUUGUGAGCCUUCGUCUGCUGUCACUAGUGAAAGAGGAAUAUCUUUUCCUCAGUCCCAACCUAGAUUCCCAUGGACUAAAAUGUGCUGCUUCUCCCCAUGGUCUCGUUAUGGUUGGAGUUGCUGGGACUGUCCACCGAGGCAACACUUGUUUGGGCAUUUUUGAACAAAUUUUUGGACUCAUCCGCUGCCCUUUUGUGGAGAAUACUUGGAAGAUCAAAUUUAUCAACCUGAGAAUUAUAGGAGAGAGUUCCCUUGCUCCUGGAACAUUAAUGAAACCGGCUAUUACAUUUGAACCAAGUGACCUGGAAGCCUUUUAUAAUGUAAACACUUUAUGUGGUCCGGUGAAGUACAACUCCAUGUAA